UGCAUCCUGUUCACUGCACAUACCGGCCUAUGCAGUAGUGGCUGAGAGGAUAUACAGCAUCAGAAGAUUGAUAGUAUCCCCGCUCAAACUUUUAUCACAGUGUACAGUAAUUAGUUAGCAACAUGAGCAACGCUUAUUUUCAGUUUCCUUUAGAAGAAACUUCCGUUAAACAGACAAGACUGAACGAUGCGUCCAUUGAUAGCGAGUUGACUCCCCUGGUCAAUGACCUGCCAGUUGCUCACACCUUCCAGAACUUAAGGCGGGAAAUGGCAGAUGUUGACCAACGCACCAGUGACCACGAGGGGAGGUGGAGCGAGUGUGGUUACGUGUCAGCUGACCCGACCAUCUCAGACGACAGCGUGUACCUCCAGCCACUAGCCCCGCCCUCGUACAGCGAGUUGACGGAGACUGCACUAAAAACUGGGAGAAUUGACUCGGGCAUGGGCGACAGCUUUUCAGACGAUACCAAUAGACGAUAUCAGCCAACGAUACAUAUAGACGAUAACAAUAGACGAUACCAGCCAACGAUACAUAUAGACGAUACCAAUAGACGCCAUGAUCGAGACGCUACCAGUAGACCUUUAGAACAACAUUAUGAAGACAUCGAGGUGUUCGGUAACCACAGUAAAUCCCGGAGCACUUGUCCACCUCCAGCCCUACCCAACCACAACCCAGAGAAUAAUCACGUGAUACCCAUUUCUAUUGCCGAGACACUGUCCAGCCCUUCCGGUGACCAGCCCUUCCCGUCCUCCCACAUUUACUCCCAGCUACAAGUCGAAGCCAAGGUCGUCCCAGCUCAACAUCUAGCCAAUCGAUGCUCAGUUCACUACGUCAUAGCUCUUGCCAUCGUCUUUCUCGUGUCCUUCACCUCACUUGCAUUAGGAAUAUUUGCCUUGUAUAAAAAAAUACCAGACAACAACCAGACUACAACACAGCAGACACAUUUGGAGCUCACCUAUUUACAAAAUAAAAUUCAAAACUUGACCGAGAUGCACAAAAUACUACUGGAAGAAUUGGGGAAAAAACUUCCAACGGACAGUAUUGAGCCGCUGCAGAACGAGAUGAAAAAAUGGCGAAAUGAAAAGAAGAAUUUGACAGUGGGGAUGGAGGCACUGGAGAGAAAACUGUUGGCCGAAAUUCAAAACAUCAGCCUUUUAAAGGGAGACAAUGGCCUGCCAGGAACAGUGAAUUUUUCUCUGUGCACUCAAAAGUCGGAAGUUGUCAAGUUUGUUUCCAGCGAGCUCGUGUUCUUCCCCACACAUUUCUUGCCCAGCCCCGAAGAUUUACAAAAAAAUGUUGUGCUUUUUGCUUACUGCAAUUAUGAAAAUGCCAGGGAAAGUUUCUUGGAGGCAGAUCCAGAUGGUCGGAGGUACCGCUGCAAGUGUCGUGGUAAAGUCGAGUCAGUCAGCCACAGCCUGUGUAAACUACACGUUGUCAUGUGUCCAAACCUCACACCUUAAACUGAUGUUGUCCAAACCUCACACCUUAAACUGAUGUUGUCAGGUGUCCAAACCUCACACCUUAAACUGAUGUUGUCAGGUGUCCAAACCUCACACCUUAAACUGAUGUUGUCCAAACCUCACACCUUAAACUGAUGUUGUCAGGUGUCCAAACCUCACACCUUAAACUGAUGUUGUCCAAACCUCACACCUUAAACUGAUGUUGUCAGGUGUCCAAACCUCACACCUUAAACUGAUGUUGUCCAAACCUCACACCUUAAACUGAUGUUGUCAGGUGUCCAAACCUCACACCUUAAACUGAUGUUGUCCAAACCUCACACCUUAAACUGAUGUUGUCAUGUGUCCAAACCUCACACCUUAAACUGAUGUUGUCCAAACCUCACACCUUAAACUGAUGUUGUCCAAACCUCACACCUUAAACUGAUGUUGUCAUGUGUCCAAACCUCACACCUUAAACUGAUGUUGUCCAAACCUCACACCUUAAACUGAUGUUGUCCAAACCUCACACCUUAAACUGAUGUUGUCCAAACCUCACACCUUAAACUGAUGUUGUCAUGUGUCCAAACCUCACACCUUAAACUGAUGUUGUCAGGUGUCCAAACCUCACACCUUAAACUGAUGUUGUCCAAACCUCACACCUUAAACUGAUGUUGUCAUGUGUCCAAACCUCACACCUUAAACUGAUGUUGUCCAAACCUCACACCUUAAACUGAUGUUGUCCAAACCUCACACCUUAAACUGAUGUUGUCCAAACCUCACACCUUAAACUGAUGUUGUCAGGUGUCCAAACCUCACACCUUAAACUGAUGUUGUCCAAACCUCACACCUUAAACUGAUGUUGUCAUGUGUCCAAACCUCACACCUUAAACUGAUGUUGUCCAAACCUCACACCUUAAACUGAUGUUGUCAUGUGUCCAAACCUCACACCUUAAACUGAUGUUGUCAUGUGUCCAAACCUCACACCUUAAACUGAU